CCACACACACGUGUCACAAGCAGGGGGAGGCUCAGCAGCCCCUCUCCCGUGCCCCGAGGGGUCCCGGCCAUCCCUGCGUGUCCCCCCCGGCUCCGGCUGUGCCCGGCUCUGGCCGCGUGUCCUGGCGCGGGCUCCGCGUGUCCUCCCCUGGCCCUGCCACCCCGGCGAGGCCCCUCGGUUGGCAGCGACCCUUGUCCCCGGCCGGGGCUUGGCCGCGGGUGCCACGUUGUCACGUGGGGGCAGUGGCACCGCCGGGGCCACCGGAGCGGGGACGGGAGCGGCGGCCGGAGCGAUGGACGCGGGGAUGGACACGCGGACGGACAGCCCCCGCAGGUGGCUGGGAGCCCCCCUGGAGCAGUUGCCCACCCCGGCGCUGAUCCUGGACCAGGCGAAGGUGCGCGGGAACGCCGAGCGGAUGCGGGAGCGGUGCCGGGCCCUGGGGCUGCGCCUGCGGCCCCACGUCAAGACACACAAAACGCUGGAAGGGGCAGCGCUGGCCACGGGCGGGACUCGCCGCGGGAUCGCGGUGUCCACGCUGGCCGAGGGGCGUUUCUUCGCCGCCGGGGGCUUCGACGACAUCCUGUACGCCUUCCCGGCGCAGGAGUGGCACCUGCCGGAAUGUGCCGCCCUGGCCCGGCGGCUCCAGGCCUUCCAGCUGCUCGUGGACAGCCCCCGGGGCCUGGAGCUCCUGCGCCAGAACCCCCUUCCCGGCGGGAAGCGCUGGCUCGUGUGGCUCAAGCUGGACUGCGGGAACGGCAGGGCGGGAAUCCGCCCCACGGAUCCCGAGGCUCUGGAGCUGGCACGGGCCAUCGCCCGGGGGUGCCCGGAGGUGGUGACGCUGGCGGGGGUCUACGCCCACUGCGGGAACACCUACGGCUGCGGGGACAUCCCGGCCGUGCAGGACGUCGCCAGGGACACCACCAAGGCCGUGCUGGCCUUUGUCACCAGGCUGCGGCAGGAGGGGAUCCCGUGUCCCGAGGCCACCAUCGGCUCCACCCCGUCCUGCAGCCACCCGGUGCCGGAGAUGUCGCAGCUCACCGAGGUGCACCCGGGCAAUUAUCUGUUCUAUGACCUGCAGCAGACCCAGCUGGGCUCGUGCCGGCCGGAGGAGGUGGCGAUCCGUGUCCUCACCAGGGUGGUCGGGCACUACCCCCACCGCCGGCAGCUGCUGGUGGACUGUGGGUGGGCGGCCCUGAGCCUGCACGGCCGCGACCGGGAACCCCCGGGCUGCGCCGCCAUCGAGGGGCACCCCCAGCUCAGGCUGGUGGGGCUGACCCAGGAGCACGGGCAGGUGGAGGCCGUGGACGGGGAGCUGGAUUUCCAGCGGUUCCCGGUGGGAAGCACCUUGGCUCUCAUCCCGUACCACGCCUGUGCCACGGCUGCCAUGCACCCCGUGUACUUCGUCCACGCUGGGGGGAAGGUGGUGGAGCUCUGGCACCCCACCCGUGGGUGGUGAGAGACGAGAGGGACCAGGGGGAAGUGCCCACACCAAGACCCUGCACCCACAUGGAGACCCUUCACCCACAUGGAGACCCUGCACCCAGGAGACCCCACAUCCAUGAGACCCUGUUCUUUCACCAAAACCUGGCACCCAUGAGACCCUGCACCCACACUAAGACCCUGGACCCACACCAAGACCCUGCACCCACACCAACACCCUCAUCUAGACCCUGCACCCACAUCAAGACCCCUCACCCUCACUGAGACCCCACACCAUGAGACCCCACACCCAUGAGACCCUGCACCCUCACUAGGACCCCACACCCACAAUGAGACCCUUAACCCACACCAAGCCCUGCCACCACGAGAACCUGUGCCCUCACCAAGAUCCCACACCCACACUGUGACCCCACACCCACGAUGAGACCCCACACCCUCCCCAAGCCCCCUCAUCCAUGAGAUCCUGUGCCCACACUGACGCUCUGCACCCUCAGCAAGACCCCACGCCAAGAUCAGGCACCCAGGAGACCCCACACCCAGGAGACCCCACACCCAGGAGACCCCACACCUAGGAGACCCCACACCCACACCCACACCAAGACCCUGCACCCUCACAAAGACCCCGCACCCACAAUGAGACCCCACACCCGUGAGACCCCUCAUCGAGACCCUGCACCCACGCCAAGCCCCUGUGCCCACGGCAGCGUCCUGCACCCUCCACACCGGGGGGCUGCACCCACGGCAGGGGCCAUGCCAGGGUCCCACCCGCAGACCCUGCACCCACCCCAAGGCUGUGCACCCACGCUGGGGUCCCGCACCCGUGUCAGGGUCCUGCACCCACAGCAAAACCCUGCACCCACGCCAAGGUGGGAUGCUGCACCCACUCCACGACCCCGCACCCACCCCAAGACCCCCCACCCGUGCCAGGACGCUGCACCCAGCUGAGACCCUGUGCCCACCCCAGGGCGCUGUGGCCCCACCAGAGGUCAAUAAAGCUGCUUCUCCCGCU